AUGCCUCCUUCAAUUCUGCUUGACCAACUUGCCCUCAGCGAUGAUGAUGAAGAGGAGGAGGAGUUGGAGUGUUAUCGACAAUGUGACAGAGAUGAGACCGAAUCUUUAAGUAAGACGACAACAGAAAUGGCACUUUCCGGUUGCGUACUAUCCCUGGGGAACGUUUCGGGACACGGUCGGCUGAGCGGCUUGACUGCCGGAGCCGUUUAUGAAGUUUUCCUCAACUGUUCCGGCUGCUGCCAAAAGGUCACCACGACGCCUUAUCACGUCACCAAUCUUCAAGUCACGCGAGUCACAACAUCUGAAAUAACGGUCAACUGGACCAAACCAGAAGGAAACUACUCGUUCUUCAUGGUCCAAUGGACUGAUGGAAAAGCCUCCCAACAAGAAAAAACGUUUCUCCCGUCCAAAACCAUUACUGGCUUGUCUGCAGGGACCAUGUACAAAAUUAACGUCACUACUCUAGCGGACGAUGAAAAGACUGAAAGCCAGACUGCAACCGUUUCGCAAUACACAAAACCGGGUCCGAUUCCAGAAGCCUACGCUUCCUCAAACACCUCCGCGGUGUCUCUAACAUGGAAGCCCCCGAUUGGUGAGGUGUUUUCAUACGAGGUGAAGUGGAACAACACCAGCAAAUACGUAAAUGAAAGCUUCACGGUGCUACCAAACUUGAUUCCUGGUACGUCAUACACAGUCACGAUUGCUAGUGUUGCUGGAGACAAGCAAACCGGAGAACCCUAUGUACUGACCACGGUUACGAGACCGGAGAAGCCUGAAAAAAUAACGGCCACGUCAGGAACCGACUACCUGGACCUUAAGUGGACCUUACCGCGAGGAAAAGCAGAUUUCUACAAGGUGAACAUCUCCAAUCCAGAUCUGUCCUAUUUCGCCAACAACCGAACCAGUGUCAAGACAGCCCGUUUUGGCGAUUUGUAUCCUGGGAGACUUUUUGUCAUCACGGUGACCGCUGUCGCCGGAAACCAAAGCAGCGCAUCGGACCGGAUCUCAUUCGCCACCGUUCCUACGCCGCCUGGUCUCCUGGUUGUCAGUCAAAAGACAAAUGCUUCACUUCACCUUCAGUGGAAGACCCCUCAUAAAAUGGAGGGUGCUCCCAACAUCAGUUACAAGGUCACCUACCAAAAACCUGGUGGCCAAGUGGAAACCGCUAACACCGGCAACGAAAGCGUGGUGCUGUCACAGCUUUCUUCUGGAACCUCGUACAAUUUAACCGUGUACACGGUUGGACCCCAAAAUCUGAUGAGCUCUGCUGUUGACCAGUCGGAAUACACCUUGCCCAACCCUGUGUUAAACCUCGCGGCCAGUCCUUUGGAUACCACCUCAAUCCAAGUGGCGUGGUCCAGCCCGCAUGGGGCGCAGACGUAUUACGAAUACUCGGUGGACACCUACGACUUGACAGGAACUCAUGUGAAUCAUCAAACGAUCGUUAAUAACACCACAAUCGUACAAAACCUGGAACCGGGGACUAAGUACAACGUUACCGUCAUAACGUUAGCGCCACUAAAAACUCGAUCUGCAACCGAGCAUACAGUCGCUUCCACAAUCCCCAAAGCUGUACCUGAACUCCAAGUUGUAGAUUUCAACACAACAGCCGUGCAGUUACAUUGGUCCAAAUCGAGCGACUACAAGGACAGCUACGUCUAUCUGCUAACUGUGUUGCAGGACAACACGACUAUUAGAAAUGUGACAACUGAAAUACAAAUGUAUACCUUCUCCAAUCUGAUCCCCGGAACUGCUUACGAAUUUUUUGUGUGGACAGUCGUGGAGGGACUGAAGUCGAAGUCGCAAAACACAUUACAAUACACAAGGCCUGAGGUAGUGUCAAACCUCCGAUUCAUAGGAACGACCACUACUAUGUCUUUGUCCUGGAGUGUUCCAGCGGGAAAAGUAGAAUCCUUCAUUGUGAUGUUGAGCAAUAGCUCCGGAGGUGCAAUUCGGAAUGACACACUGAAGAACUCAACAAGUAGCCUAUUUCCAGGCCUAAAACCGGGGGUGCUUUACUGUGCGGUGGUGACGAGCAGAAGCGGACCUUUACAGAGUAAUUCUUCAGAAAUCUGCAACGCGACUUUUCCGAACCCUCCUGGACCCGUACGAGUGGAUUUGCAGACUGUCCAUUCCAUUAAUUUCACCUGGAACCCUCCGGAUGAUAUGGAUCACAAUCAGUACAAUUUCAGUGUUAAAGGUGUCUCCAUCGGGCCUCAAAAAUGGUUUUUUUUGAGCGGUCUCCAAUCCGGAACUUCAAACUCCAUUUCUGUCGUAACUAUCGGUGUGUUGGGCUAUCGCAGUACGGAAGUCCAAGCGACCAAUUAUACAAGACCGUAUCCAGUGACCGAGCUGGAAGCGGAAGAAAUUACCACCGGCUCAGUGUCGUUGACGUGGAAGCAACCCGAGAUGAAGUCGGACUACUCGUACACGGUGCUCGUCGCCAAUGGUUCGGAUCCACUGAAGGUCACGACCUUGAACGCCAACAUCUCCGGCCUAGUUUCCGGCAGCAACUACACCUUCAGCGUCUUUGCGCGAGCGGGGGACGGCACCUUGGCGGAUCCUGGGAUCAAGUCCGUCUUCACUCGACCGUAUGAGAUUCCUAAUCUGAAGGCCGACACUAUAAACUCAAGUGCAGUCCGCCUGGUUUGGGGGAAUCCUCAGCAACACAGACCCGAUUACACCUUUCGCGUGGAGACAACUGUCUGCGCCUCCCAAAAUGAAAGUCUGGGUGAUAACUUUACGGUCAUUUCCGAGCUCAAUCCUGGGACGCGGUGUACUAUUUGCGUUUUUGUCCAAGCGGCGGACGGCAUCGAAUCGAAACCACGGUGCAUCUCUCAGUACACAAUGCCUGAGGCGGUCCAACUCGGUAUGUCCAGUCAAGGCUCAAAUAUGUCCAUUCUGGUGUUAUGGAAAACACCACCGGGGAACGUGGAGCUUUACAGCGUCCACCUCAACGGCUCUUCCACGGUUCAGUCACAAGAAGUGAAUUGGACGGACAACUCUUUGCUUUUUGAGGAUCUGUCUGCCGGAAGUCUUUACAGCGCCAAGGUGAUAUCGCAUAGCGGUCCAUUCAAUGCAUCUUCUGAAUUUGUUACAAACGCUACCUUUCCGAACCAACCUGGGAAGAUUGAGAUAGUCUCUAAGACGACAAACUCAAUAGAAGCAAUGUGGACAGAACCUCUGCUGAUGAACCACACGCAGUUCUAUUACCGGCUAACAAUUGCGCCAACUGAAGGAAACAGAAGCGUCAAUACCAGCAACAUGAGUCAUACUUUUGAUGAGCUGCUCCCCGGGACCCCGUACAACAUUUCUGUAGCAACAGUAGGGGUCUUGGGUUUUAGGAGUCAAGGGAUUCAUGCCAAUUCGGUCACCACAAGACCCUUACGUGUACCCUUACUCUACACUUCCGCAAAGGAGGAAAAUAUUACAGUCAAGUGGCUUCGAGCUGAUGACUACAAGGAAGGCUAUCGUUAUCUUUUGAGCUGGGAAAGCUCGGACUGGCCCGUCAAUGGAAGUAUUGUGACCAAUCAAACCAUGCAUACAGUCGGAAAUCUGGUGCCCGGCAGUAGGUAUAAUUUUUCAGUCAUCUCAGAGACUCGAGAUGGAACUCAGAGUGCUCCCAAAUGGAUUUCCAACUGCACAGACGCAAGCCCAGUAAGAGAGUUAGCAUGUGACGGUCCAGACACUCCAGACGCAAAGCUCAUUUUGUCCUGGACUAAACCUAGCGGCCUGUUUCAUGAUUUUCGCAUCAAUAUAAACAAUGCGGAAGUGAUCCGUGGGACGAACGCUUGCAACCAAAGCUGUAGCCGCACCAUCUCCGACCUGAAACACUACACGUCCUACCAUGUGACGAUGGAGACGCUGAGCUGCGGACAACCCGCUUCUCCAGUGUCGCUCCACUGCAAGAGCGGCAUCACAGACCCACCCAUUCCGGAAAGCUACGAGUCGCUGGUUAGCGAGAAGGGCAUAGUAUACAACGGAUUCACCAUUCAGAUCAACUCCAGUCUGUUGAACGAGACCAAUGGACCGAUCGCUCAAUUUGGCGUGCUGGUGACCGAAAACUUUGACGAAUCUGACACGGCUGAUAUGAAACAGCACUUAGGGAAGACGUACCAAGAGUGGAUUGAGAAAAAGACUAGGGUAUACCUAGCCACCGUCAAGGAGAGGAAAGUCAAAACGCGCAUCCAUGACGAGGCCUUGAGCGUCCACAUCGGAGACGGUUCCAAAUGGAAGGGAUACACCAACGGAGAACUUCGCGGCAAUCGGAGAUACCACUAUGCCAUCGUCUUGUUCACUCGACUGAUUCCGGACGGCGAUCUCGUAAAUAAAGCGUCGAUGGCCUCCAUCACAAAAUUCAUAUCCGUAGAAAAACUCCCGCAGGACCCGGCGGUGAUCAGCGCUGCCGUGGGAACAUCGUUGGGCAUUUUCAGCGUCCUGUUCAUCGUUCUCAUCGGCUUCGUAAUUUACUGGAGGAGGUUGUCCAAAAAAGAAUCCUCGGACAUUCAGAUUCAUUCCAUGAGAAGCGCAGCAGUGAAGCUGGAGGACUACGAAGCUUACUACAAGAAGCAGAAGGCCGACUCCAAUUGCGGCUUUGCCGAAGAGUUCGAGGACUUACGACCGGUCGGGACAAAUCAGUCAAGAUCAAGCGCUUUGAUUCAGGAGAACAAAGCCAAGAAUCGCUACAACAACGUGCUGCCUUACGAUCAUUCUCGAGUGAAACUGUCCAUCAUUCACGGGAGUCCGUACGACGACUACAUCAACGCCAACUACAUGCCGGGUUACAACUCCAAAAAGGAAUUUAUUGCCGCUCAGGGUCCUUUGGCCGGCACCGUCAAGGAUUUUUGGAGGAUGAUAUGGGAGAAGAAUGUGCACAGCUUGGUCAUGCUGACACGCUGUAAUGAGCAGGGAAGGGUGAAAUGUGAGCAGUACUGGCAUUCCACCAGCAAGCACUUUGAAUACAUCCGCGUGACCACCACCUCGGAAAUCCCGCUCGACGACUGGACCAUCAGAGACUUUGACAUUAAAAACGUGAAAACGGCCGAGACCCGUUCGGUUCGGCAGUUCCACUUCACGGCCUGGCCCGAUCACGGCGUUCCGGAGACCACCGAGCUUCUGAUCGGCUUCCGACACCUGGUGCGAGAACACAUGGACCAGUAUUCCACCAACUCGCCCGCGGUGGUCCACUGCAGCGCCGGCGUGGGCCGCACCGGCACCUUCAUAGCCAUCGAUCGACUCCUCUUCCAAAUUGAACGAGAAAACGUGGUGGACGUUUACGGCGUGGUGCACGACCUGCGAAUGCACCGACCGCUCAUGGUGCAGACAGAGGACCAGUAUGUGUUUUUAAACCAGUGUGCAAUGGACAUCAUCCGCUCCAGAACUGGAACAAAUGUCGAUCUCAUCUACCAAAACACGGCUGCGCUUUCCAUUUACGAGAACGUGGAACCCAGAAAAGGUUAUUAUAAACAAGGGUACCCCAGUACCUAA